AUGACGCGGGUGUGCUGGCUGGUGAGACAGGACAACCGGCACCAGCGAAUCAAACUCCCACAUUUGGAAGCAGUCAUGGUUGGGCGCAGCCCAGAGACCAAGAUCACCGACAAGAAGUGUUCUCGACAGCAAGUACAGUUGAAAGCAGAGUGUAACAAAGGCUAUGUCAAAGUAAAGCAGGUAGGGGUCAAUCCCACCAGCAUUGACUCAGUCAUAAUUGGGAAGGACCAGGAGGUGAAGCUGCAGCCUGGCCAGGUCCUCUACCUGGUGAAUGAACUUUAUCCGUAUAUUAUAGAGUUUGAGGAAGAGACAAAGAUCCCUGGCCUGGAGACACACAGGAAGAGAAGGAGGUCAGGCAGUAGCGAUCCUGCAGAAAGGCGUGCUGCCCCAGAAGCUGAGCCCCGCCCAGGACUGGAACCUGGGAGCAGCCCUCGCCAGUGCUGUAUGCCUCCAAAGAAGGAGAAGGAUGCCUCCACCAGAAAGGAAUCCUUGGGCCACUGGAGUCAAGGCUUGAAGAUUUCUAUGGAGGACCCCAAAAUGCAGGUUUACAAAGAUGAGCAGGUGGUGGUGAUAAAGGAUAAAUACCCCAAGGCUCGUUACCACUGGCUGGUCUUACCUUGGGCCUCCAUUCCCAGUCUGAAGGCUGUGACCAGAGAACAUCUUGAGCUCCUCAGACACAUGCACACUGUCGGGGAAAAAGUGAUUGCUGACUUCGCUGGGUCCAGCAAACUCCGCUUCCGUUUGGGCUACCACGCCAUUCCCAGCAUGAGCCAUGUACACCUCCAUGUGAUCAGCCAGGAUUUUGAUUCUCCUUGCCUUAAAAACAAAAAACACUGGAAUUCUUUCAAUACCGAAUACUUCCUCGAAUCACAAGCUGUGGUUGAGAUGGUGCAAGAGGCUGGCAGAGUGACCGUCCGAGAUGGGAUGCCCGAGCUUCUGAAGCUGCCCCUCCGUUGUCACGAGUGCCGGCAGCUGCUGCCUUCCAUCCCUCAGCUGAAGGAGCACCUCAGGAAGCACUGGUCCAAGUAA